AUGGCCGAAACUCUCGGGGCCGUCGUCGGCGUCGUCGCCUUUGGCCUGAACCUCGCGACCACGCUGCAGACAUACACGGAGCUGACGCGCGAGGCAAACGACGCCCUGCACGAUGUCGUGUUCGAGGUCAACGCCACUGCCUCCGCGCUCAGGCAGCUGCAGGCCAUCGUGGACGCAGAUAAAGCCGUUUCACACCUAGACGACAGUCCCGCAAGAGUCCUCAAUGACAGUGGCGUGCGCGAGAUUGAGAACCUGGCCGCAAAGUGCGAGACGGUCUACAAGACCAUCGUCAAGCUCGUUCAAAAGGCAAGCGGCUCCGAGUCUGACCCUCCGAAUGCCACCGCUGCCUCGCAGCACGCACUGGACCCGGCCUCUUUGAAGCCGAUGACCGUGCUCCAGCGGCUUAGGUGGCCAUGGCUCACCCCGCGCAUAGAGAGGUGCCAGCAGCAGCUGCGGUGGCUCAAGAUCAGCCUCUUGGUCACGCUGCAGGUCGCAAACCUGGCUCUGCAGCAGAUGAGGCGUGACAACGAUCCAAUCUCAACGCAGGCUAACUCCUUGACUGAUGUGGUCCAGACGCUUCAGGAACGCCAAGUUGAGUUGGCGAAGAAGUUGGCCGGCUUCUCGCAGACUUCUCUGGAGGAUGCUGCGAAUUUGCGGGCAUGGAAAGCUGCAUACGGAACAGAGACUGGUUUCAGCGAAGCAUCGUCUAUCCCAGGGAGGAAAUCUCAUCUGACAGCCGUGGGACAUGUCACCGGCAAACCCAAGGAUAUCAACGGUGUCGAGCAGGCUGUCAAAACUGAGGCCAAUCCCAAACCUGGGACCAUCUCAGGGGUCGGAACAGCCCCCGUCCAGGCUACUGACGACCGCGAUGCCCCCGUCGACGAAUUGAAGAAGCCAGCCUCAACGCGUGACAUGGGCAUUGGCACCGGGAUCGAACCAGAGAAAAGGGGCCUGCCGGAAGCUGGGGCUGCGGUCGCGACGAAUCCGGAACCUCCCAGUGCAACCAUGGCAACUACUUCUCAAGUCGCACAUGAACCUGCGAGCCUGGGGAUCCAGCGCAUGGCCCCUGAGCCUCUUCCGAAGGCCGCUCACGUCAAGAUGCACUCGAAAGCUUCGGAGCCUAGCAAGAAGAGACGCACGAUCCCGCUCUUCUCUCGCUUUCGGAAAGUCCCCGAUCUCCAGUCGCAGCUCUUUGGCGAGGACGACAAGUUCUCUCACGACCCGCCGAGCCGCACGUUGGAAGCCUUUGUCGCGGAGCUGGGCAUGAUCAGGAAGGUCCCGUUUGGGCAUGACAGGCUCGUGUAUGGUCUCAAUCAGGUGCACAAACAUAGGUUAAUAGCCACGUGGGCCAAGUACCUCAACUCGAGCGCGGAAAAGCAAGCCCUCAUUGGCAAAAUCACAGACAUGGCGAAGCGAACGAGCCACCGAGCCAUGUCGCUUCUCACUUUCCACGAGAUUGAGAGGCCGGACGGCUCGGAUGCCAUCUUGGCCUUUUUUGCCCUGAACCAAUUGCAAGAGCCGGUGACGUUCAUUGACGCCGAGGUCGCCAGAGGGAUCGUUUCUGUCAGGGAGCUCCUCAGCCGGCUGACGAACGCGCCGAGUGCAACCACCUAA